AAGGUGCCUUUUUCUCUUACCUUAAAUUUUAAGACAUAGUAGAAUUAUGUCAUAAUUACGAGUUUAUGACUAGUGUAGUGUUGAUAUGUGUAGGUAAAUUAGAAUUUACCCGGAUUAUCUCGGUUUACUCCAGUGAAAUUACCUUUUCUGAAAAGGACUUAUUUGCCUUUUUAUUUUUGUUAAAGAAACUAUUUCCAUCUCAAAAAAGGAAUGGUUGAUUUAACCGACUCUUAGGGCUUAUAAAUACGGCGCAUAGGGUUCACAACUUCAUUACCUAACAAUUCAAUCGCUCUCUCAAUUCUUAAAACUUUUUCUCAUCAAAUUCGCUUUCACAAAGAGAAAAGAUCUCACCCAACAAGGUACAAACGAUGUCGACGAAGAAGAUGAUCAUGUUGAAGAGCUCCGAUGGUCAGUCGUUCGAGGUGGAAGAAGAGGUCGUGAUCCAAUCGCAGACCAUAGCGCAUAUGGUUGAGGACGAUUGCGCCAGUACCGAGAUCCCUCUUUCUAACGUGACGAGCAAGACUCUAGCCCUAGUGAUGGAGUACUGCAAGAAGCACCACGUCGAUGACGCUAACCCAAUCUCCGAGGAGGAACUCAAGAAGUGGGAUGGGCAGUUCAUGGAAACAGAUCAAUCCACGAUCUUUGAUCUCAUCCUUGCUGCGAACUACCUAAACAUCGCAAGCUUGCUUGACCUGACGUGCCAAACUGUUGCUGAUAUGAUCAAGGGCAAAACUCCAGACCAGAUUCGUGCACACUUCAACAUUAAGAAUGAUUUUACACCUGAGGAAGAAGAAGAGGUUCGUAGGGAGAAUCAAUGGGCUUUUGAAUGAGCAGAUCAUGGAAGCAAA